AUGGCUUCACUUUCAGAAUAUGCACUGCGUAUGUCUCGUCUGAGUGCCUGGACCUUUGGUGAAGUGGCCAGGCCUACUGAUUCAAAGUCCAUGAAAGUAGUGAAUAUGUUCAGUGAACAGCCCUUGGCCAAAAAGGAAGAGACUUAUGACUAG